UAUAUCUGUGUCGAUGUAAAAAUAAUAAGAAAAAAAACUAAUCAAGACUUAUUAUCUAAAUCAUUGAGACAUCUGAAUCCAGAAAACAAGACGGUAUUUCAUGCGUAAAUAAAUAGCUUAGCUCUCUAUCUCGGUUGCUCUAAUAAAUAAUAACAAUGGCCACCAUUGUUUAUUUCAGAUGAUAAACCUGCCAAACUUGACUUGUUUUUAGACUUAGUCAAAAGUUGUUUUUUUUUCAUCUGUUUCUAAUUCCUUAAAAUAAACAUGGCUGUCAUAAAUCGUGUGGGAUCUCCGAUGCACCGUUUGGAUGAAAGCUUAGAUGAAUCGCCAGAAAAAAUAAAUUUAAGAAAACAGUUACUAAAAGCACAGCAAAGAACGAAAUCCCCUUUUGUGAUUGGUUCCAUUGAAGAUGUCAACAUAAAAAUUAGUAAAUUGGAUCAAAAACUUCAAAGUUACACAGCUCUAGUAUGUGAAAGUAGAGCUUCCAACUAUGAAGAAGAAAAAUACAGAUUUUCAAAUACCAAAGGCAGAGAACAAUAUAAUAAGAAUGCCAAGGAAGCUAAAGAAAUUCAUGCCUUUGCUGGUAUCUAUACAAUGAGAUCAAGUCUUGCCCCAACAUUAAGUGAAAGGGUGAAAAAUAUCAACAAAAUAAGUAUGAAAACUAAAACAAAAGCAGCUCCAAUUGUGUCAAAAGGAGACAUAGGCAAGCCUAAGUUUGUUGAAUUGUGUCAAUAUCCUGGAUAUGAUUCAGAGGAGUUGACACCAUUACCUGCAGGUCUUUCAGCUAAAGAGUUUUUCUCUAAAGCAUUUCAUGCUUCUGGUCAACUUUAUUAUAAGCCCUACAGCAAGUCUGAAUUUGACACCUUACUCUACUCCAGAAAUUCAGAAGCCAUUUUUCUUGAUAUAUUUUGGUACAUAUUUUUAGAUAGAUUUCAACAAAACCCUGCCAUACAAGUCAAAUUAUUUGACAGAGUUGCACACAAUUAUGUGAAAUUAAUGAUGUCUGGUGGCAAUGUUGUUCUUAAAGAUCUCUUUUUCAAGAACUAUCCCAUGUUGACUUCACAAGCAAUUUAUUCAGCAUUCUGUUUUUCAUUUCCUGACUCCUACAGACAGUUUGGGGAACAUUUUAAAAAUUAUUUAACUUUUCUAAUCUAUGGAUGGAUGGCUGGUCUCCGUCCAGCACCCAGAAGCUGGUUAAGUUGGCAGAUGUCAACCCUGGAACCUGCCAACUUGAAACAAAGAGAGAACUUGAUGAACAAGAAAAAUGGAAGCUCAAUACUAAACCUAAACUAUCUGGAUUCAUUGGUUACCACGAACUCCAAGGAUACAACAUCCUCUUCCUCUGCUGAUGUUUCUACAUCCAGAUCAUCAACUCAUUCUAAUUUUAGGACUAAAAAGCAGAGAAUCGCAAAAAAGUUAUACUCUCCAUCAUCCAGCUACAUAUUGGAGUCUGUGGAAGCAGCUCAGAAUAGUACCAGACCACAGAAAGAAGGUAAAGGCAGAGUUUGGGUAAAUGACCUUUUGACCCCAAUACAAGAGAUACAGAGUGAAGAGGAAGAUGAAAUCACUAAGUCAACUAUAGCAAAUCUUCAACUUUUGGAAGCAGAAACUUCUACUGCUAAUGACAUGAAGUCCCACCCAGUUGGACAUGGUUGUGAUUUUGUAAAGCUGGUUUUCAAUACAGAAGGUCACAGUCCAUUGGUUUCUCACUUCUUGAAGUCCUCUGGAUUGCAUCGCAAUGCUGGACAAACUAUCAGAAUACAGAGGAUAGAAAUUGAUCAUCUUCCACCACUAGAUGCUACAACUUACAAAGAUGUGAUAUCAGAAUCUUCUAAGAAAAUAAAGAAAAUGAAAAAAGAUUAUGAAAACAUGUGUCGACAAAACCAACAAGAGAAUCUCAUGUUUAUUAAAGAACAGCAAGCCGAAUUAAGACAUUUAAUGCAGAAACAAUCUGCUCUGUUGGCUAAUAAAAAAGAAGUGAAGAGGUUGAGUGAUUUAAUCAUAAUGGAACAAAGGAAAAGUGAAGACUCAGUUUCAGCUGGUGCAGACGUGGCUCUUAAAGCAGCUCUUUUAGCUCAAGAAUGAAGGGAUUAAUUUAAAAACAAACUUUUUAGUUCCAUGUAUUUAGUGUAAGCAUUGCUGUGAUAUUAAAUACUUCAUUGAUGCAUCUUUAUUUGAUGAUACAAGUAUUUGUGUAAAAAAAAGUCAAUAAUCUCGCAUGUUUGUAGAAGUCAUUCAAUUUGUAGUUUGAUAUGGUAGAAAAAUAAAUGUGUUGCUGAUCAACAAAACAAGC